GUCGUUGCUUGUUUACAUCUUGCUUUUCCGCUGUAGAACGAAAAUGACUGAACGUUUCGUGCGAAAUCACGCAUAAAACCCAUUAAACCCUUUGAAUUGAUUCAUUUUUAUGGAUUAUCACACUACAAAUAUUUUGGAUUAGACAGAAAAGUGAAUACAAGUUCUCAGCGAUCAGUGGAUAGCGGGAUUUAUUUUAAAGAAUCUCUUGGGCACUGACCUCAUCGUAUAUUAACAAUUUGUUGUGCGAAACAAUGACUGAGUAAGUGAUCGGCGUACAAUUUUUUCUAGAAAUCUAGUCAGGAAAAUGUAAAAAAAGAGAAUGAACGAACUUGUCAACAAAUUGAUCUUCCUCUACCUACUCUAUCAUUCAUUUGUAGUGAUUGCCAGUGAUCGAAAAAUUUCGCAGAAUAGAUAUAUGUAUCUUAUAAACUAUUACUCCUUAGGAAGUGAAUUAGUGUGCAAAGGCGAACAGAAUAGGAUAAUGAUAGAGAAACGAGGUGAUAUGGCCGUACCUCUCCAAAAUUGCACUAUUAUUUUAGGAAAUCUAGCUUUAGGACCCAUGGAAAAUGUGACCCAUUGGGAAAAAAUGAGAUUCCCUAAUUUAAGAGUCAUAACUGGAUAUUUAUCAGUUUAUCGAAUUUCGGGUUUGAAAUCUUUAGUUAAACUGUUUCCAAAAUUAGCUGUGAUCGAGGGUGAAGCGUUGAUGAAUGAUCAGGCAUUAAUCAUUUGUGAAAAUUCGGACAUAAUGGAUCUCGGAUUGAAAAGUUUGGUUUCGAUAAAAAGAGGAUCAGUAGCUAUCGUUGAAAAUCCUAUGCUUUGUUAUAUUGAUAAUAUUAAUUGGAAGUAUAUACUAUCAGAAGACGUGGAAACACUUUUCUCAGAAAACAGAGUGGCUGAAGCGUGUACGAAUUUUUGUGGGAUGCCAAAUUGCCCGCGAAAUGACGAUCGCACCGUUUCUUGUUGGAAUCAGGAUUAUUGCCAAAGUGAACCGAAGGGGCUGUGUGGUUGUGAGUUUUGUACAACUGACGGUAAAUGCUGUCAUGAUCAAUGUUUUGGUGGGUGUUACGAGAAAGAUAAUGCGUCGGCUUGUUACAAUUGUAAAAAUGCCAACAAUAAUGGAAGAUGUGUCGAGAAGUGCACUGGUGAAUUAAUAUAUAGAAAUCGGUUUUGCAUUAGUGAGACAGAAUGCGAGGAAAUAUUCAGUAAAGACUCAACCGACUCUACUAUGCCCUUCAAAGACUUAACCGGCCCAAAGAAGCUGCCAGUUAAAAACGGGGACAAGUGUACUUUAGAUUGCCCAACUGGUUUUCAAAGGAAAAGCCCCUAUUCAAGAGUUUGUGUUGAAUGUCCUGGUCAUAUUUGCAAGAAACCUUGCGAAACAGAAACUAUAGAGAGCUAUGAUAAAUUGAAGCAAUUUGCCAAGAAAGGAUGCACUUCGGUUAAACUUUUGGAUGUCGCCAUCCAUAGUAAUGAUAUCAACAAUAUAAAAGCAACAAUGGAGGAAGCCUUUUCCAUACUGGAAAGUAUCGAACAACUGUACAUAAUGAGAACUCAGGCUUUAACAUCUAUGAGUAUCUUUAAGAGUUUGAAAAAAAUCUCAUAUGUUACAGCAAAUGCUGUCAGGAUUCGUUUAGCAGAAAAUCCAAAUUUAGUUGAUUUGGACUUUCCGAAUAAUAUAACUGUGGGCGAUGGGUCAAUUAAAAUAUUUAAAAACAGUUUAUUAUGUCCGUCAAAAAUUGAAAAAUUUUUCAAAUCAGUCAGAAAUAAAUCUCCAUCGAGUCAAACUAAAACUGAAUGGCUCUCCAACGGUAAAAACGCUCUGUGCGAUACGGUUCAUUAUAAAAUUUCACAUGUAAAUACAACAACACAUACGGCCAAUAUUUAUGGACCAAGUUUACUCAAUUUAUGGAAGAAGCAAACAAAUUCGGCUCCUGAUAAUCUACUUGGUCAUUCCGUAUAUUAUCAAGAAGUCAAAGAUAAAAGCAAGAAACUAACACCUUACUUGGCAGCAUCUUGUGACGAAAGCGCUUGGUCGGUUGAAACUACUUGGUACUCUCCUGAACCGAAAGACAAUUCUGUUUUGAGCAAUUUAAAGGCUUAUACCGAAUAUGCAGCUUAUAUUCAAUCAGUGUCAAUUGAUCCUCAAGGAAAGACUUUUAUCAGUAAUAUAAAAUAUUUUCACACCAAACCUUCUGAACCCUCAAAAGUUGUAGACUUACAAGCAAAAGCAUUACCCAACAAUACAAUACAUGUAACAUGGAAAAAGCCAGAGUAUGAGAAUGGUAACGUUACGGAAUAUGUUUUAGUUAUAUUGGAACAGCAAGAUAAUUAUUCUAAAUAUGAUAAUCGUAGCUUUUGUGGUCGAGAGCCAGACAAUAACAGAAAGAAGCCAGACGACUCAUUUGAAAAAAGGAACGAUUCAAGUUGCGAGGCUAAAAAAUUAGAUAAGAAAAGGCAAAAUUCUGUACAAAAGCAGAGGAGUUUGAAAAGGAGUCUUCAACUUCUUGAAUUGACCAUUAUGGAUAGUUUUUAUCAUAAGAAACAUGAUGCGAACAUGAAUAACAUUAAUUUGAAAGAUAGCGAUUUGAAUAGAAAUUUGUUUACUUCUUCGCCAAACAGAACGACCUCAACGAAAGACUCUCAGACAGUGUCACCAAUAACUACAAAUAGGCCAGAAACGACUGAAACAAUCGACGAAGAGGAUUCAUUUCAAGAAGAUAUUACUGAAACACUUGUUUAUGAUACACAAAUUAAAAUUCAUAAUUUAAAGUAUUACACAUCAUAUACAAUUGAAGUUAGAGCCUGUCAUCAUACAUCAGGUAAAAGAAUGUGUUCGAAAAAGGCCACAGCUAGUGAAAUAACGGGUGUGAAGGAAAAUGCUGAUAAUCUUGAUGAGGAAACUAUUAAAGCUAUUCCUAAAGAGGGAACUGGAGAUAUUAUGAUCACCUGGAAACCGCCAAAAAAGCCUAAUGGCUACAUUUAUAAUUACAAUUUAGAAAUAAAAAGUGAAGGAAGGCCAGCUUUCUUCUACUGUGUUCCUAUUCCUGAUUAUCUAAGGACAAACGGUUUAAGAAUAAACAGUUCAGUUUUCGUCGAUGGCAACAAGCACAGUGUCAGAAUACAAGCACAGUUAUUAUUUGGUAAAGGAAAUUGGUCGAAGUGGGUAUCAUUUUAUCCACCUUUCAAAAAUAAUAGCGAUAAAACUAUAAGUAUUAUUAUUGGAGUCGCUGUCGUUGCUAUUCUUCUAUUUCUUGCAGCAGUUUUCGGUUACUGCUGUUAUCAGAGGAAUCGAAAGCCUCCGUUAGAUUCUUUAUUAUACGCAUCUAUUAAUCCAGAUUAUUUUCAUGUACACGCCAAAAUAUAUGUUCCUGAUGAAUGGGAAGUAGAGAACGAAAAAAUAAAGAUUGGAGAUCCUAUAGGAGAAGGUGCCUUUGGCAAAGUAUAUAAGGGUACAGUAAGAGGACUUAAAGAUGAUCAACCUGAUGUCAUUGAACCGUGCGCUGUUAAGAGCCUCAGUGACAGUGCUACACCUCGAGAUAAAAUAGAAUUUUUAAAUGAGGCUUCUGUAAUGAAAGGUUUGCACUGUGAACAUGUUGUUCGAUUACUGGGAGUCAUGUCGAAAACUGGCAGUAAUCCUUUAGUUCUUAUGGAACUCAUGAUUAAUGGAGACUUGAAAUCUUACCUUCGAAAGCAUCGACCAGACGAAGAUAGUCAACUUGAACCUCCGUCUCUUGGUCAAAUAAUGCAAUGGGCUGGGGAAAUAGCGGAUGGCAUGGCCUAUCUGGCCGGUCAUAAAUUUGUUCAUCGUGAUCUGGCGGCAAGGAAUUGUAUGGUAAGCGAGGAUAAAACAGUCAAAGUGGGAGAUUUUGGAAUGACUCGAGAUAUAUACGAAACAGACUAUUAUCGUAAAGGUAACAAAGGUAUUUUACCUGUUAGGUGGAUGGCUCCAGAAAGUUUAAAAGACGGAAAGUUUACAUCCCAAUCGGAUGUGUUUAGUUUUGGGGUUGUUUUGUGGGAAAUGGCAACGCUAGCCGAACAACCUUAUCAGGGGCUAAGUAACGACGAUGUUUUACAAUUCGUAAAGGCAGGAAAUUGUAUGCAGAUGCCUGAAAACUGUCCUAUUGAUUUAUAUACAAUGAUGACCAAUUGUUGGCAAUUCAAGCCUAGAGAUCGUCCAACUUUUACGGAUCUCAUUGAACAUUUACAGCCUAACUUGAAUGAAAAGUUCAAAAGAGUUUCUUAUUAUAGUAAGUUAAGAAGUUAUACACCUCCAGCUGAAGAUGGUGCAAUCAAUGAACCUCUCUCCGAUUCUUCCAAUAAACAACCAGCAGAUUAUGAUCCUAUCCAAGAAGACGAUGAAGUAGAUGACAGUAGAAUACCUUUAACAUCAUCACAGUCCCGGAUAAACGGAAGUGGGGACGUAACAAAUGUAAACAUUUUAGGUAGUAAAGUGAAAGACGGUACGAAUUUAGCCAACGGUCACUUGAGUGGCAUUAGUUAGCAUAAGGAAAAUUGUACAUAAACAUUCCAAAACAUUGACACUCUCCGCUUGCCAAUUGUUGUAUACAUGUUUUAAACACCAUAUUUUAUACAUGAUUUGUGUUGUUUAAAUAUUUAUAAGUAUGCAUAUUUAUAAAUAAUCAUACCUUAUAUAUAUGUAUAUAAAAAUAUAUAUAUAAAUAUAUUUAUAUAUA